UUGUCUCUCUGUGGAGCCUAUCAAUCCAGUCCAUUCUUCUUCUCUAAAAUGAAAAAUCUCACUUCCCGUUUCUCACUCUAAUUUUCCCUCAAGUUCAUGUAACUCCUUCAUAAUAAAUCUCCACUUCCCACUUCCCACUUCCUCUCUGAACUCCACUUCCUCAAUUCCCUCAUCUUCUCCACCGACUUUAGCUCCGAGCUCCAAGCUCGCCAACAAUGGCGUCCGGCAGCCGCGGGGCGCCGACGCAGUCCUCAGGAGCUUCCAACGCGCGCGGUGGAGAUUCAGUGAGCAAGGCCAUCGCGCAGUACACAAUUGACGCUCGUCUGCACGCCGUCUUCGAGCAGUCCGGUGAGUCCGGCCGAUCCUUUGAUUACUCCGAAUCCGUCCGGCGAACGCCGUCGCAGUCGGUGCCAGAGCAACAGAUCACUGCGUACCUCUCUAGGAUCCAGCGCGGCGGCCAUGUUCAGCCAUUCGGUUGCACGCUCGCCGUUGACGAACCAGCGCUCCGGCUUAUCGCUUUCUCCGCCAACGCCCCUGAUCUUCUUGACCUCUCGCCGCGUUCCGUCCCAACGCUCGAUUCCCUUCCGAUUCUCCGUCUUGGCGCCGAUCUCCGAUCCCUGUUCUCCACUUCGUCUUCUCUCCUCCUCGAGCGCGCCGCCUCCGCCCGCGAGAUCACCCUCCUAAACCCUCUCUUCGUCCACUCCCGCAAUUCCGGCAAACCCUUCUACGCCAUCCUCCACCGCAUCGACGUGGGCAUCGUCAUAGACCUCGAGCCCGCCCGCACCGAAGACCCCGCUCUCUCAAUCGCCGGCGCUGUCCAAUCGCAGAAACUCGCCGUCCGUGCCAUUUCCCGUCUCCAAGCUCUUCCCGGUGGCGACAUCAAGCUUCUCUGCGACACAGUUGUUUCCCACGUCCGCGAGCUCACCGGCUACGACCGCGUCAUGGUAUACAAGUUUCACGACGAUGAGCAUGGCGAGGUCGUGGCCGAAUCCCGCCGUGACGACCUCGAGCCCUACUUCGGUCUUCACUAUCCGGCGACUGACAUCCCCCAAGCUUCUCGGUUUCUCUUCAAGCAAAACCGAGUUCGGAUGAUAGCUGACUGCAACGCCGCUCCCGUUCCGGUGAUCCAAGACGAGAAUUUGAUGCAGCCGCUGUGCCUCGUCGGCUCCACUCUCCGCGCUCCACAUGGUUGCCACGCGCAGUACAUGGCUAACAUGGGCUCCAUCGCUUCCUUGGCCAUGGCCGUCAUUAUCAAUGGCAGCGAGGACGAGAGCUCUUCACGCAACUCCAUGAAGCUCUGGGGCCUCGUCGUCUGCCACCACACCGCCCCUCGCUGCAUCCCCUUCCCUCUCCGGUACGCCUGCGAGUUCUUGAUGCAAGCCUUUGGCCUUCAGCUUAACAUGGAGCUCCAACUCUCUUCCCAGAUGUCUGAGAAGCACAUUCUCAGGACACAGACUCUCUUGUGCGACAUGCUUCUCCGGGAGUCUCCUACCGGCAUUGUUACUCAGAGCCCCAGCAUCAUGGACCUUGUCAAGUGUGAUGGUGCUGCACUGUAUUAUCAGGGAAAGUAUUGGCCUCUGGGAAUCACCCCUACAGAAGCUCAGAUUAAGGACAUUGUCGAAUGGCUGUCUGCUUGUCAUAGUGAUUCUGCAGGGUUGAGCACUGAUAGCUUGGCUGAUGCUGGUUAUCCGGGUGCCGCGGCUUUGGGUGAUGCUGUUUGUGGUAUGGCUGUGGCCUACAUUACUCCAAAUGACUUCUUGUUCUGGUUUCGGUCUCAUACUGCUAAGGAGAUCAAAUGGGGUGGGGCGAAGCAUCACCCAGAGGAUAAGGAUGAUGGGCAGCGAAUGCACCCAAGGUCUUCGUUUAAGGCCUUUUUGGAAGUGGUUAAGAGUAGGAGCUUGCCUUGGGAGAAUGCGGAGAUGGAUGCUAUUCAUUCUUUGCAGCUAAUAUUGAGAGAUUCGUUUAGGGAUGCGGCUGAAGGGGCUAGUAAUUCGAAGGCAUUGGUAAAUGAGCAGUUUGGUGAUUUGGAGUUGCAGGGGAUUGAUGAGCUGAGCUCUGUGGCAAGGGAGAUGGUUAGGUUGAUUGAGACAGCUACCGCACCAAUUUUUGCUGUGGAUUCAGAUGGACGGAUAAAUGGUUGGAAUGCAAAAGUUGCGGAGUUGACAGGAUUGUCUGUUGAGGAAGCAAUGGGGAAAUCAUUGGUUCAAGACCUUGUCUUCAAAGAAUAUGCAGAUGUUGUUGACAAGCUUCUCUACAGGGCCUUAAGAGGUGAAGAAGACAAAAACGUUGAGAUAAAGUUGAGAACAUUUGGCUUGCAGCAAUCAAAAAACGCAGUUUUUGUGAUUGUAAAUGCUUGUUCCAGCAGGGACUAUGUGAGUAACAUAGUUGGGGUAUGUUUUAUCGCACAGGAUGUUACUGGGCAGAAAGUUGUCAUGGAUAAAUUCAUCCACAUACAAGGUGAUUAUAAGGCCAUCGUGCACAACCCUAACCCAUUGAUUCCACCGAUCUUUGCUUCAGAUGAAAACACUUGCUGCUCAGAGUGGAAUACAGCAAUGGAGAAACUUACUGGCUGGUCAAGAGGGAAUAUGAUCGGAAAGCUGCUGGUUGGGGAGGUUUUUGGCAGUAGCUGCCAACUCAAAGGACCUGAUGCAUUGACAAAAUUCAUGAUUGUUCUGCACAAUGCAAUCAGCGGAAAUGAAACAGACAAAUUCCCAUUUGCUUUCUUUGACAAGGAUGGCAAAUUUGUACAGGCUCUUUUGACGGCAAAUACAAGGAGUAAUAUGGAUGGUGAGACAAUUGGGGCAUUCUGUUUCCUACAGAUAGCUAGCCCUGAGUUGCAGCAAGCCCUUGAGAUACAGAGGCAGCAGGAGAGGAAAUGUUUUACCAGAAUGAAAGAGUUGGCGUACAUUUGCCAAGAGAUAAAGAAUCCACUGAGUGGUAUACAAUUCACUAACUCACUUUUGGAGAUGACUGAUUUAUCUGAUGAUCAGAAGCAGUUUCUUGAAACUAGUGCUUCUUGUGAGAGGCAGAUGAUGAAGAUCAUAAAGGAUGCUAGUUUGGAAAGCAUUGAGGAUGGUUCCUUGACACUCGAAAAAAGUGAAUUCCUUCUUGGGAGUGUUAUAAAUGCGGUUGUGAGUCAAGUUAUGAUUUUAUUGAGAGAAAGAGGUCUACAGUUAAUAAGGGAUAUUCCUGAGGAAAUCAAAACCACUGUUGUAUAUGGUGAUCAAGUUCGAAUUCAGCAAGUCAUGGCUGAUUUUUUGCUAAACAUGGUUCUGCAUGCACCAUCUCCCAAGGGUUGGGUGGAGAUCCAGGUUGGAUCAAAUCUGAAGCGGAAUUCUGAUGGUACACAGAUCAUGCUUCUCCAAUUCAGGAUCAUAGUCCCCGGCGAGGGCCUUCCACCAGAGCUUGUCCAAGAUAUGUUUCACAAUUCCCGGUGGGCGACUCAAGAAGGCAUGGGCCUAAGCAUAAGCCGGAAACUUUUGAAGCUAGUGAAUGGCGAAGUUCAAUACAUCAGGGAAGCCGAACGAUGCUACUUCCUCAUCGCCAUAGAGCUUCCUCGCCGACCAGAAGCUUGAGUGUGUUAAUCUAUCCAACUGACACUAAAAGAGACCUCAUUUCAACUCUUUCGACAACAUAACAAGCUCUUGAUCUUCCCGUGGAACUUCGCGUGCACAUCCUGCAACAAAUUUUUUUAAUUCGUUUCCUGUUGCAGAACCAGGAGAUCAAACCCGAAAUCCUUUCGGACUUUUUUUUUUCUUCUUCAGUGUAUCAAUGUUGUAAUGUGAGUUCUGACUUGAUGUUGUCAAGCAAGUGCUUCAUUUGUAUGAUCCAAUUAAAAUGUGAACAAAAAAUGCCUUACUUUGAAUGAUUAAAUUUAGAAUAACAAUAAAUAAA